GUCAUCAUGCAAACGGAAAGGCAGUUAGAUAUAUCGAUGAAUUUGUCGACAUUUUUCUUAAAGAAUGUUGGAGUCUGGAUAUCUGAUAAUCCUAGUGAACAACGUUGGAUGAAGAUGUUGCUCGGCUACACAACUUCGAUCUUGUUGUCUGGUAUAAUCAUUAAUGGCAGAGAUUUGUAUUUCACAUUGUUGUACAACGGCGACAUUCUUUAUGCCACAACGAAUAACAUAACUAUGAUAAUGGGUUUGGCCAAAAUAUGCAUCAUAUUAAUGUAUAAGAAAAAGUUUUUAAAUCUAAUUGUGUACAUGCAACAAAACUUUUGGAAUCUUAACUACGAUCAUCGUGAGAAAAAAAUUUUAGAUGAUUGCAGAAAAACUUGCACUUUUUUCAUCUCUUCUGUUACCACCAUGGCUAUAUGUGCCAUGAUAUGUUAUCUAAUGAUACCAUUCAUUGUACAAAAUGGAAAAAAUGAAUCCGAAAGAAUGCUUCCGUUCAAUAUGUGGAUAAAUUUACCAGUAUCAAAGACGCCUUAUUACGAAAUAAUAUUUCUUAUACAAGCAAUGUGUGUGUAUUAUGUUGGAAUCUCUACUUUUUGUUUCGAUAAUAUUUUCUGCAUAAUGGCCAUACAUUUGGCUGGUCAAUUUCGCAUACUUCGAUACAGGUUUACGAAACUAUGUGACAUAGAAUACGAGAAUUCACAAUCGAUAUUAUCAAAACAGAUGCACAAAUUUUACGAGAAAUUUAAAAAAUGUGUUCAACAUCAUCAAACAUUAAUCGACUUCUAUCAAAAUCUUGAGAACGUGUAUACCACAAUUACACUUGAACAAGUGUUAGUAUUUAGUGUAUUAAUUUGUCUGUUCGGAUAUCAAGUAUUAGUGGCUACUGCUUCUUUUGCCAGACGCUUCAUUUUUGUCUUUUUGUUAAAUGGCUCGAUAUUUUUAUUGNNUAUGGUCACCUACAGCUGCAACGGUGUGAUAGAGCACAGUGAUAACGUUGCUAUAGGAGCUUACUCAGUAUUGUGGACGAUUAUGCCAAUGGAUAAAUUUGGAAAAAUAUUUCGAAAGGAUUUGAUGAUUGUAAUAAGGCGAUCUAGAAGAGUUUGUUGUCUGACCGCGAAUGGAUUUUUUCCUGUAUCGUUAGAAACAUGUACUAAAAUUUUAAGUACAGCACUAUCGUAUUUCACAUUACUGAGUAAUCGCGUAGAAAAUGCAAAUAACUCAUAAAUUUUCAACGAUUCAUUAACAAACUAUUCUUCAAAUUACUUUAUUAAUCUAAAUAUUAAACUUCAGAUUAAAUGUUUCAUAUUGAGGACCAUUAAAAAAAGAGUAAAGAUAGUAGGAUAAUUUUUUGAAAUGGUAAAUAACAUAAUCACUAUUAA